AUUCUGCGGUUUUUCCUCCAAUCUUUAAUGCUCAGACGCAGGGAUUUCGAGUGGUUUUUGUAAUUUUUUUUUCUUCCGCUAUUUGUUCGUGGUUCAAUCCGAAGGAGAGAUUUAGGAUUUUUUUGGAUUUGUUUAGGGUUUUGGAAUCUUUUUUUAUUUAUAUAUUUGUUUUUCGAUUGGGGAGUUUCCAUGGCGAAAGGCGCGGAUUCGGAGGAGUUCGUGGUGCUGUCACGGGUCCGGGCGGGGCUAAAGCGCGAGUUCGCGUUUGCGCUCAAGGUCCAGACUGAGAUUUGCGGGUCUUUGGGUCGGACCCGCUCGUCGAGGAAGAUUGUAGGGUGUUUGGAUGACGGCGGUAAAGGAGGGAGAGAGAAGAGGUUGAAGAUCUCGGAGGCGAAGGAGGGCGACGCCGUGAGUGAGGAGGAAGAGGCGAAGAGCGAUGUGGUGGAUGCCGUCGGUGAUGAUUUGGAGAUGGCGGCUGAGAGGUGGAGCGGGGUGGUGGAGGAUGAAAUCGGCGGGGGGGACGAGCUCAGAAGUGAUGAUUUGGUGGAGGAUUUGGCGAAGGAGGAUGAAAACAGGGAUGGUGGUGUGGUUGUGUCUGUGGAGGAGGAAGGAGUGAGAAGCGACGGUGAAAAGCCGUUGGGAUAUAAGGCUGUGGAGGAGCAAAGAAAGAAAAUUGAUACUGUACAUGAACCUUUUUGCAACGUUAACCCCAUUGAAGAGAAAACGCAGAUAAAUGAAACGGAAAUGGCUUUAGUGGAUGCAGCCAUGUUCGAAAUUAAGCCAACCGAAGAGCAGGCGGGGAAUAUUCAUCCCAUAGAUGCUCCAGUGGGUGAAGCAGCUGCGAUUCCGAUAGAUGACAUGAACAAUGCACGGUCUGAAAAGCCUCUGAAAAGGUUUACUCGGAUGGUUUUCAGGCGAAAGCCAGAGACAGAGACACUGAAGAAAUCGGAGCCUUCAGGAGAUGAAAAAUUAUUUGAAGAUAAUAAGCCCAUGGAAGAAGUGCAAGCAGUGAAAAUGGAUCCCCCAAAUCCUUUAGUAGAAGAACCCGUGUCCAAAGAUAAGCCCUCGGAAGACCAAGGAGAGAAAAUCGAUUUUACACAGGCUUCAUUGGACGAAGCAUCGGUAAUUCCAGUCAAUGACAUAAAUAAGAUAGAAGACACGAUGCCCAAAAAGCCGUUAAGAUGGUUUACUCGGUCAGCUUUGAAGCCAAAGCCAGACAAGGCGGUGAAACCAGCAGCGGAAAAUUAUGUGAAAGAGAGAAAUAACAAUACCGGUAGCCAGUUGGUCACGCUGCCAGUUAAGGUUGCAAAGAAAUUUCCCAAUGCAGGGAAGAAGUUUCUCAAUGCAGGGAAGAAGUUUCCAGCCAAAUUGAAAGAACUUCUUGACACAGGAAUUCUCGAGGGACAGCUCGUGAGGUACUUAAGAGGCCCAAAGGUAAGAGAAACUGGAGAUUUAGGACUGCAAGGGGUGAUCAAAGGCUCUGGGAUAGUGUGCCAUUGUGGAAGUUGUAAAGGAAUGCAAGUUGUUACUCCUACUGUUUUUGAGCUACACGCUGGUAGUUUAAAUAAGCGUCCGCCAGAGUAUAUAUACUUGGAGAACGGAAGCACCCUCCGCGAUGUCAUAAGCGCGUGCCAAAACUCUCCAUUAAUCAGUUUGGAAGAAGCUGUUCAAAGAGUCCUUGGUUGCUCAUUGAUUGGAAAGUGUACUAAGUGUUUCCAUUGCAAAGGGUCUAUGCCUGAAGCUGGUACUAGGAAAGCAACGCUACUUUGUAAUUCAUGCGUGGAGUUGAAAGAAUCUCACUCUAGUGUAGCCAGAACUGCUGACAACAAUGACAAGUCACCCAAACCAGUUUUCACCCCAAAGUUGUCUUAUAGUUUGCCGAAGUGCAACUCAUCACAAAGUAAGAGUCAGGGACGAAUAACUAGAAAGGAUAUUCGGUUGCAUAAAUUGGUUUUCGAGGAAAAUAUAUUGCCGGAUGGAACUGAAGUGGCAUAUUACUCUCGUGGACAGAAACUGUUGGUCGGUUAUAUAAUGGGGUCUGGAAUCAUUUGUAGUUGCUGCAAUUCUGAGGUCAGCCCCUCACAGUUUGAAGCUCAUGCCGGUUGGGCAUCCCGCCGGAAGCCAUACUUGCAUAUUUACACAUCUAAUGGAGUGUCUCUUCAUGAAUUAUCCUUGUCUCUAUCAAGGGAUCGCAAAGUCUCUACUCAUAAAAAUGAUGAUCUAUGCUUUGUCUGUCAAGAUGGAGGGGAUCUCGUGUGCUGUGAUGGAUGUCCAAGGGCUUUUCAUGAACGGUGUAUUAAUCUACCUAGCACCUCUACCGGUACUUGGUACUGCCAAUUAUGCGAGAAUCAGUAUUCAAAUGUAAAGUAUGUGGAGCAUAACGCCAAUGCCCGUGCAGCUGGAAGGGUCCUAGGUAUUGAUCCUAUAGAACAGAUUACCAACCGUUGCAUCCGUAUUAUGAAUAGUGGAGAAGUUGAUUUUGGUGGAUGUGCACUGUGUGGAGGUCAUGAUUUCAGCAAAUCUGAUUUUGGGCCCCAGACGGUCCUUUUUUGUGAUCAGUGUGAGAAGGAGUUUCAUGUGGGCUGUUUGAAGGAUCGUGGAAUGCAAGAUCUCAAGGAACUGCCAACUGGGAUGUGGUUCUGCUGCAAAGACUGUCACAGAAUUAAUGCAGCUUUGGAGAAAUUAGUUGUCCAUGGAGAAGAGAAGGUUCCAAAUAAUCUUCUCAAUGUUAUAAAGAAGAAGCACAGAGAUGAAGGUUCGCAGUGUGCGGCGGAAGUUGAUGUUAAAUGGAGAAUACUGAAUGGAACAAUAGCUUCUGAUGAAGAGACAGAAUUACUGCUCUCCAAGGCUGUCGCCAUCUUCCAUGAUCAGUUUGCUCCAAUAACUGAUUCCGCCACACAUCGCGACUUGAUUCCGGAAUUGCUAUAUGGAAACAGCAUCAUGGGCCAGGAUUUUAGUCGGAUGUACUGUGCAAUACUGACAGUCAACCAAUGCCUUGUUUCAGCUGGAAUAUUUCGUAUUUAUGGUUCAGAAGUGGCAGAGCUUCCUUUGGUGGCAACGAGUGCUGAAUACCAAGGACAGGGUUACUUCCAAGCCUUAUUUUCAUGUUUUGAGAGAUUUCUUGCCUUCUUGAACGUGAAAAAUCUUGUGCUACCAGCUGCUGAUGAGGCAGAAUCAAUAUGGACCAAUAAAUUUGGUUUUAGUAGGUUAACCCAAGAUGAGCUAAACCAUUUCAAAAAACAAUACCAAAUGAUGAUCUUCCAAGGGACAUCAGUACUGAGGAAGUCAGUCCCGAAGUGCCGAAUUCUUGGGAGAUAAGAUGGUGUUUGUUGGAUGUUUGUUCGCUAGUAUUUCUCUCUUUUCGGAACGGAGAAGCAACUAUUUCUCCAAGGUCGGAGCCUUUUCCUUCAAAUGUACAGGGUCCUUGCUUUUUCUUUUUGGUGUACAUGAGAACUGAGAACAGUUUCGUAUAACUACACAAUUUUCCGAGCUGUUUCCUUUUUGGGAUAUAUAGAAAACUAGAGGAGGGAGAUAUCUGAUAUAGAUGAGAACAUAGAACUAGGAGGAGGAAUUCAGAGGACCUUAGCAAAAUUUUGUAGCCGAUAGAUAGAGGAACCAAAGCUAAAAUGAAAGUAAUUACUUUUUUACUUCUCCAAUGUUUUCCUUUCUCUGAGACUAGUCCAAAAGCCUUGUCAGAUUUUGAUUUCUUAAGUUUAAAGUUUCUCUGAUUUUGAUCUCAGUAUGUAAACAAUUGAGUGAAGAAGUUGGGAGGCAUUGGAAUUUGAUGAUA